AUGGAUAAUAAGGCACUGGAACUUGACUCUGUUAGCCUCCCUAUGGAGGAGGUGGUCAUAUGUAAUGGUGACAGCCAGCCUGCUGCUCAGGCUCAGCUGCAACAGGAGGUAUCCAUGCUGACCCACCUGAAGAAGGUUGAGAACCAGAUCACUGAGGCACAGCGAUUCACCCACCUACCCCGACGCUCAGCUGUUGACCUGGAGUUCAUCAACAUCUCCUACACCAUUCGGGAGGGACCAUGCUGGAGGAGGAGAGGUUUCAAAGCCUUAUUAAAGUGCCUGUCAGGAAGGUUCUGCAGCAGGGAGCUUAUAGGGAUCAUGGGGCCAUCGGGGGCAGGGAAGUCCACCCUGAUGAACAUUCUAGCAGGGUACAGGGAAACAGGGAUGAAGGGUCAGAUCCUGGUGAAUGGGAAACCUAGGGACCUGAGGACCUUCAGGAAAAUGUCCUGCUACAUCAUGCAGGAAGACAUGCUGCUGCCACACCUCACUGCCAGGGAGGCCAUGAUGGUUUCAGCCAAUUUAAAGCUGGAUGAAAGUAUGGAUGUGAAGAAGGAACUGGUGAACGAGAUUCUGACGGCUUUAGGGCUCCUUGACUGCGCCCACACUCGUACCAGCUCACUGUCAGGUGGUCAGUGUAAACGUCUGGCCAUCGCCCUCGAACUGGUUAACAAUCCUCCAGUCAUGUUCUUUGAUGAGCCCACCAGUGGCUUAGACAGCGUGUCAUGCUACCAGGUGGUGUCCCUAAUGCGUUCUCUGGCACAGGGCGGGCGUACCAUCAUCUGCACUAUUCACCAGCCCAGUGCCAAACUGUUUGAGAUGUUUGACAAGCUUUACAUCCUCAGUCAGGGACAGUGCAUCUACAAAGGCACCGUCCCUUACCUCAUACCCUAUCUGAAGACACUCGGCCUCUACUGUCCUACCUACCACAACCCUGCAGACUUCAUCAUUGAAGUGGCAUCAGGAGAGUAUGGAGACCUGAACCCGGUGCUGUUUGAAGCAGUCCAAGGUGGAAUGUGUGCUUUAGAGGAGAAGAAUCAAUCAGUCUGUGCAACAAUCUGCCCCGUUGAUGCCAGGCACAUAGAAAGCCACACUUUUGCCACAAGUACACUCACACAGUUCUGCAUUCUCUUCAAGAGAACCUUCAUAACUGUAUGUCGAGACCAGGUUUUGACCCACCUCAGAGUGAUAUCCCACAUCUGCAUAGGUGUGUUAAUAGGUUUGCUCUAUCUCAACAUUGGCAAUGAUGCCAGCAGGGUGUUUAACAACACUGGAUUUCUCUUCUUCUCUAUGCUCUUCCUCAUGUUUGGAGCACUCAUGCCUACUGUGUUGACCUUUCCUCUGGAGAUGUCUGUGUUCCUGAGGGAGCAUCUGAACUACUGGUACAGCCUGAAAGCCUACUACCUGGCCAAGACCAUGGCUGAUAUUCCGUUCCAGGUGAUCUGCCCCAUCAUGUACUGCAGCAUAGUGUACUGGAUGACAGAGCAGCCUCCUGAGGCAAGUCGCUACCUGCUCUUCAUAGCCCUGUCCACCUGCACUGCUCUGGUAGCCCAGUCUCUUGGGCUGUUGGUUGGUGCUGCCUCCACCUCACUACAGGUAGCCACAUUUGUAGGGCCUGUUACAGCUGUCCCUGUGCUGCUGUUCUCUGGAUUCUUUGUCAACUUUGACACAAUCCCCAAGUAUCUGCAGUGGAGCUCCUAUGUUUCCUAUGUCAGGUAUGGCUUUGAAGGGGUCCUCCUGUCCAUCUAUGGGAUGAACCGCACAGAGCUGGAGUGUCCAGGACCAGUGUGUAAGUUCCAACAGCCUGAAGAGGUUCUGCAGCUGCUAGAUGUGGAGGAUGCAAAGCUCUAUGUAGAUUUUAUUGUCCUGGGAAGUUUCUUCAUCAUCCUACGUCUGGCCACUUACCUUGUCCUGCGCUACAAGGUCAAGUCAGAGCGAUAGAUUCCCUUCAGCUCGUCUCCAAAACACACAACCCCCCAUAGACUCUGGGCUCUUUCCUGUGCAGAGAGAACCUGUCACGUCAUGUGGGAGUUUGUUUCAUUUCAUUUUACAUGUUGCUGCUAAAUGGACAGAACAAAUUCUGGUUGUGUUCUCCUGCCAGCUGGUGACAGUCCUUUAAACCACCAUACAGCUGUUUUACCUCACCAAGAACUAAUGGGUGUGCACAAAGCCACGUCACCGAGACUGAGCCACAUUCAGCUACACGUACUGUACGUUUUAUAACUUAGAGAAGUUUUUAGGGCCAAGCAGAUGGGACUCAGUAGCAGAACUGACAUCUUGCUUUAGUCCACACUGUGCUGCUGCUCUGGCAGAGUAUAUCUCUGGUCCAGGAUACUCACCCCUUACGAAAUUCAAAUGCAAAAGGAGUGUUUACUUUUGUAAGCCAAAAAAAAUGAAGUUGCACUAAAGAUGUUUGAUAAUGUGCCCGAAAGAGUGAAAAAGCAACAUUCACGGGGUCUUUGUAUCACUGAAAGAGAGAGUGGAUUUGGGCCGUAGCCCUAAAAACAUGAACUUCUCAGAGCUGUUGUUUUUAUCAUAUUGAUAGUUGUAAAUUAAGCUUUGUUAUGAUCGCAUGAAGAAAUUUGAUAUUUUUUGUACUUCCACGUUAUAAUCGUUAAUCUAAAUAAAUCUGUUAGUGAUGAUCACGAGGACAAGCCUUAAUCAUAUUCCACUACGCUUUAUUAUCUUUAGUAUUCUAUGCAUAUGCAGUUCAGUUAUUGUAUUUAAGCUACAUAGGUGAGUUACUGUCGUUACUGUUUUUGUGUCCGCUCUACAUCCAGUAAUGCCACAAGGACACGACAUGCUCAUGCAGACGUGUUUGGUGCUAUCUCACAUUUCAUUUGAAUUACAUGUUUUUAAAAAAGCAGAUGUUGGGACUGCACAUUACAGCAUACUGAGUGACCAAAGACUGCUAAUGAAUCUGCAUGUAUCUUCAUAUUUUUUACAGUGUGUUCUGUUUGUGUGUGUGUGUGUGUGUGUGUGUGUGUGUGUGUGUGUGUGUGUGUGUGUGUGUGUGUGUGUGUGUGUGUGUGUGUGUGUGUGUGUGUGUGUGUGUGUGUGUGUGUGUGUCUGUGUGUGUGUGUGUGUGUGUUAUGACCACUUGUAUGUUUAUUAAUCCAUUCCAUGUUGAAACAUAUAACAGCCAAAAGUUCUGUACAGCUAUGUAAAC